AUGGCACGCGUGAACGAUUCACCUGUGGCCUGUGAAGAUUCACCUGUUGCCUGUGAACAUUCAUCUGUCACCUGUGAAGAUUCCCCUGUAACAACCUGUGAAGAUUCCCCUGUAACAACCUGUAAAGAUUCACCUGUAACAACCUGUGAAGAUUCACCUGUAACAACCUGUGAACAUUCACCUGUAACAACCUGUGAAGAUCCACCUGUAAUAACCUGUGAAGAUUUACCUGCCACUUGUAAACAUUCACCUGGCACCUGUAAACAUUCACUUGUCGCCUGUGAAGAUUCACCUGUCGCCUGUGAAGAUUCAUCUGUCGCCUGUGAAGAUUCACCUGUCGCCUGUGAAGAUUCACCUGUCGCCUGUGAAGAUUCACCUGUCGCCUGUGAAGAUUCACCUGUCGCCUGUGAAGAUUCACCUGUCACCUGUGAACAUUCACCUGCCACCUGUGAACAUUCACCUGUCACCUGUGAAGAUUCACCUGUGAAAAUCCACCUUCCACCUGUGAACAUUCACCUGCCACCUGUGAACAUUCACCUGUCACCUGUGAAGAUUCACCUGUGA